CCGCACGCGCGAUCCGCGGGGAAGCGGCGCGCGAGAGACGGACGUCGAGACCGGCGGCGUGUUCAGGGAAACCCGCACGGAACGCGCGCAGAUACCAUGGCGGUGCGCGUUCGCGCGACGUCUCGCGAUCUCGCGGGGCCCCGCGAUUCUUUUUCUUCCCGGGACCCGCUGGCGCGCGCGUAAAUUAUCUAUCGCGUUGUUGAAUGAGGGCGCGCGCCGAGAUCGCGCGCGGACGCGACCGCGCGCGACCGCCGCGCGCGUCUCCUACCGCGCCGUGCGCCUUAGACACGGGCGCGAGCCCGUCGGGCGCGCUCGAAGGCGACGGCGCGCGUCUCCGCGCGCGUCGACCCCCGUCGUCGUCCGCGUCUCGAUUCGGUCGUCCGAGCCAUUCGUUCGUUCGUUUUUUAUCCGUCGUCCCGAUCGAACGACCGAUCGAAUCGUCGUCUCAUCCAUCGUCGAUCUCCCCGCCCUCCUCUCCUCGUCCCCGUCCAACAGUCGUGGGCCGACGACGACGGCGCGGAAUUCCACUCCGCGCCUCCCCCGGGCGCCGGCGCGUUCAACGUCUUCGGCGCGCCGGGCGGCGUCGGCGGGUUGAACUUGAACCCGUACGCGGGCGCGAUGCUGGGUCAACCGCUGGGUCAACAACCGAUGAUGGGCGGUCAGAUGGCGCCGCCGCCCGGGAUGGGCGCGUUCAACUUCGGCGGCGGCGUAGGCGGCGCCGCGCACGCCGCGCCGUCGUACUCGUUCGGGUCCUCGCCGCCGAUCUUUGGAAACGCGGCGGGGACGUCGCCGACGUCGACGCGCCCCGCCAACGCGUACGAAUCCAUGUUCGGGCCGGUCGGCGCGACGACGACGCGACCGACGCCGCAGCCGGACGCGCCCGCCGCGAACGCCAACGCGGCCGCGGACGGACCCGGACUCGGACCCGUUGGCGGCGGCGGCGGCGUCGCGGAGUCGUCGCGGCCGCAGCGGCCGAAGAUUCCAAUCCCGUCGGAACCGCCGUUCACCGCGUUCGUCGGGAAUUUCCCGUACGAGUGCCCGCAGGACGAAGUCGUCGGGCUGUUCGUGAACGACGGGUGCGACGUCGCGGACGUGCGGGUCGUUCGCAACCGCGACACGGACCGCCCGCGCGGGUACUUCAUCGAGUUUAAGGAUGUCGAGUCGCUGAAGAAGGCGCUCGUGUUCGACGCGAGGGAUCUCGGCGGACGGCCGCUGCGGGUGAACGUCGCGGAAGGGAGGCCGGAGGGCCGCGGCGACCGACGCGACCGACACGGCGGGUUCGCGGAUCGAUACAACGAACGCGACGGCGGCGGGCGCGACCGGCGCGGGCUCGGCGAGGGUCGCAGCGGCGGCGGCUUCGCGGAGAGCUACAACCGCGGCGACCGCGGCGACGCGCGCGGCGGCGGCGGAUCGUUCGGCAGACGCGAAGGCGGCGGCGGGUACCAAGAAGCGCACGGCGGCGGCCGCGAUCGCCGUCGCAGCGAAGACGUCGUCGGGUCGCCGCCGGGCGGCGGCGCGAGGAACUUCACCGGCGGGGGGUACCACGCCCCGCGAGGCGGCGGCGGGCGCGAGAGCUUUGGCAGGGAUCGACCCGCGCCCUCGCCGCCGGAUCCGAACGCGCCGCCGCCGCCGGAGCGAAAGAAGCUGCAGCUCAAACCGCGGAGCGCGGACGCGGACAAGCUCGCCGCGGAACCCGCGACCGCGGCGCCGUCGUCGAAAUCCAACCCGUUCGGCGCCGCGAAGCCCGUGGAUUCCACCGCGAAGAUUGCCGAGGCGGAGAAGAAGAUCAAGGAGUACCACGACGAGGUCAACGCCAAGGCGGGCAUCGUGAAGCUCGCGCCGGGGCAGCUCCCGGCGCCGAAGCCGAUCGCGAAAGAGAUCGCCGCCGGGUUUAUCCCCGCGAACUCAAACUCAAACUCGAACUCGAACGCGGCCCACGGCGCCAAGCGCGAGGCGAAAGGGCCGGUGAUUCACGUCCCGGAGGAGAAGACCAUCGAGGCGUCGAACGUGUUUCCGCUGUUGUCCAUGGACGAUGACGACGGCGACGACGAGGAGGAGUGAGCGGCGAGAGCGAGAAGGAGGAAGACGACGGACGGAGAGGGCCGCGGGCGGGCGGUUUUGUACAACUACGUAAACCACGACGGGAGCGACGGGAUAGGGACGUCGGUGAUAAAUACGAUCUAAGAUGCAAUCAAA